UUAUUCAACAAAAGUUAAACACUCAUCUUUCUCUCCACUUCCUUACUUGUCCUGGUUCCCUCUAUAGAUUUAAUCUCGCAGAAAAACCACAACUUCGAUCUUUACCCAGAAUAAGGACCCGGUUUCUUGAGCCACCUGGUUGGUGAAAGAUUCAAACUUCAAGAGUAAAGAUGGCAAACCCAGCACAGAUUACUCUUCUGGGCUCCACUUUCUGUGUGAUGCUCACCCUCCAUUUUUCAAUACAGCUUCUUUCUGAACAUUUCAUGUCCUGGAAGAAGCCAAAAGAGCAGAAGGCUAUCUUGGUCAUUAUACUCAUGGCUCCCUUGUAUGCCAUUGAUUCAUAUGUGGGGUUGAUUGAUUUCCAGGGGAGCAAAGCUUUCUUUAUGUUCUUGGAUUCAGUCAAGGAGUGCUAUGAGGCUUUUGUGAUAGCCAAGUUCUUGGCUUUGCUGUAUAGCUACUUGAACAUAUCUAUUAGUAAGAACAUUGUGCCUGAUGGGAUCAAAGGAAGGGAGAUUCACCACUCGUUUCCCAUGACUCUAUUUGUGCCUCGUUCUGUUCGUUUGAACCAUCAGACACUGAAGCUUCUCAAAUAUUGGACAUGGCAGUUUGUUGUCAUCCGCCCUGUGUGCUCUAUCUUGAUGAUAACACUUCAACUUAUUGGAGUAUAUCCCAGUUGGGUUAGCUGGACAUUCACGAUAAUUUUGAACAUUUCAGUGUCACUGGCUCUCUAUUCUCUAGUCCUUUUCUACCAUGUGUUUGAUAAGGAGCUAGCACCACAUAAACCUCUUGCUAAGUUCCUGUGCAUCAAAGGGAUUGUCUUCUUCUGCUUUUGGCAGGGAAUUGUUCUUGAUAUUCUUGUAGCAUUAAAAAUAAUCCGAUCUCAUCAUAAGUGGCUAGACGUGGAACAUAUUGAGGAAGCUCUGCAGAACAUGUUGGUGUGUGUGGAAAUGGUUUUCUUUUCGGUUGUGCAGAAGCAUGCUUAUGGUGCAGAACCUUAUAGAGAUGAUGCUAUAUCAGCUGCAAAAGGGGAUAAGAAGACAGAAUGAUUUAGGAGCUGAUCAGUGUGGUUCAGUAUCACCAUUGUGCACUGAAUGUCGUCACUUCAAUAUCGAUUUACAAAAUGUCUGCAAAUAUAUUCAUCAAAUGGACAAGAUGCAUAUCUAGUGCUGAAAAUACCUUAUCUGCGUGGCUUAGUGUUUUUGUACCUUUGUAAAAAUUCUACAGAGCAAGUUCUGUAUAGUACUCGGUACUGAUUGAAUCCUUGUUCAUGCUCCAGUUUUUCCUAUUGUAAACAUAUUUCGCAAUAAGAAAGUUUUGUUAUU